CCUCAAGUCGGGACUGUCAUGAAAUUCCCGAUGAUGUAAACAUGUCCGUCUCCGCGGGGUAUCAACAAUAGAUGUCAGUGUGUCCGAUUGUGGCUCAACAACCCGGCAGCACUUGGUCGAUAAUUUCGGGAGGGGAUCAGCGUAUGUAUACUAGAUCCCGCUAUGAUUUCCGUCCUUUAUGAUGAGAGAAACGCCCAUGGGGGAACAAUAACCGCAAUAGCCUCUCCAGCGCGGGGUUUGGUGCCCCUCAUCCCCUCACGGCUAACUCCACUCUGAUAACGGAUUUCCUAGAGCUUCCGGCAUUAUCUUCCUUUUUCUCCUGUUCGUUUCUUCAUCUACACUGUCAACUCCAUUGUCUUCUUCCUUUCCUGUCGCAUCCAAAAAAGAAAAGUUACCAUGUCUGUUACAACCAAGGCAACCAUCGCCUCCUUUGGUGGAAAGCUGUUGAAGCUCGCCCACAAUGCCACCACGACCGGCUGCGAGAUGAACUUCAACCUGUACCUGCCACCGCAGGCGUACAAGUCCUCGUCUCAGAAGGUCCCCCUCCUGAUCUACCUGUCCGGUUUGACCUGCACGGGAGACAACUGCUCUGAGAAGGGCUUCUUCCAGCACAAGGCUAGCGAGAAGGGCAUUGCUGUUCUAUACCCAGACACCAGCCCACGUGGUCUGAAGAUCGAGGGUGAGGACGACUCCUACGAUUUCGGUAGCGGUGCGGGCUUCUACAUCGACGCCACCAAGGCCCCAUGGGACAAGGGCUACAAGAUGUACAGCUACAUCACGGAAGAGCUUCCCAAGACCGUCUUCUCUGCAUUUGACCAGAUCGACUCGAGCCGUGUCAGCAUUACGGGUCACAGUAUGGGUGGUCACGGCGCUCUGACUUUGUUCCUCCGAAAUCCCGGAAAAUACAAGUCCGUUUCGGCAUUCGCGCCCAUCUCCAACCCCAUCAACUGCCCUUGGGGUCAGAAGGCUUUCUCUGGCUACUUCGGCGCGGAGAACCAGGAGAAGUGGAAGGAGCACGAUGCCACGGAGCUGAUCAAGAAGUGGAAGGGCCCGCUUGAUGUGCUGAUUGAUGUCGGCACCGGCGACAACUUCUACAAGCAGGGCCAGCUCCUCCCCGAAAACCUCGAAAAGGCCGCUAAGGAAUCCGGCGUCGAGGGCGUCAAAGUCCGCUACCAGCAGGACUACGAUCACAGCUACUACUUCAUCUCCACGUUCGCCGACGAUCACGUAGAGCAUGCGGCCAAGUAUCUGUUCGCUUAGUGCGUGAGACCCUAUUUCAUUAUUAUAACUUUCGUUUUCUAUCUUCGAUAGAAUAAAUAAGUUCCAUAUGUAUAUUCUUUCUUUAAAUCCCCUUUUUGUUUUAACUAUCUUUCUAUCCCUUG